GCAGCUCCCAGCAUGCAUUGUGGGAUACAAAGGAGACUGGUGGAUUCUGAACCGCGAGCUGGUGAGGAUUGUGACACGAGCGCAAGGGGAGCAUCAUCCAAACACUUUGUGUUACCAGAUACCCAGCUGGCCUCAACGACCGACCCACCAGUUACCAUGAACUACCUACGCAGGCGUCUGUCCGACAGCAGCUUUGUGGCCAACCUCCCCAACGGCUACAUGAUGGACCUGCAGAGUGGGCCUCGCCCCACCCCGCCCUCUUCCACCUCCAAUCCUGCCUCCCCAGCCACAGAGAGGCGAACGCCCCCCAGCCUGCCACCACAGGUCCCGGCCUCGGGCUCGGCCUUAGGCUCGUCCCCGGCCCCGACCCCCGGGGGUUUCCUCAGCUCCUUCUCCAGUGUGGUGAAGACCGCCCAGUUGGCACAGAACGCUGCAGCAGCAGCCAAGGCUUCAGCGGCGGCGGCAGAAGCUGCCAAACCUGUCAUACGGAAGCCCAAGAUUCUAUUGGUCAUCGACGACCUGCACACAGACUGGGCCAAGUAUUUCCGAGGGAAGAAGUUGAACGGGGAGUACGACAUCCGGGUGGAGCAGGCGGAGUUCUCCGAGAUCAACCUGGCUUCGUACAUGAACUCUGGGUGUAUGAUUGAUAUGCAGGCCAUAAGAGGAGGAACCAAAGUGGUCAGAUCCUUCAAGCCAGACUUUGUCCUGAUUCGCCAGCAUGCCUACAGCAUGACUCCGGGUGAAGACUUCAGGAGCCUGGUGAUUGGCCUUCAGUACGGGGGAGUCGCCAGCAUCAACUCCCUGCUCUCCAUCUAUAACUUCUGCAGCAAACCCUGGGUGUUUUCCCACAUGAUUAAGCUCUACCACACCCUGGGCCCAGAGAAGUUCCCACUGAACGAACAGACCUUCUACCCCAACCACACACAGAUGGUGACAACACCGACGUUCCCUGUGGUGGUCAAGAUGGGUCAUGCCCACGCCGGCAUUGGCAAGAUCAAAGUGGAGAACGAACUUGACUUCCAGGAUAUUACCAGUGUGGUGGCGCUGGCCAGAACCUAUGCCACCUCUGAGCCAUACGUCCUGUCUAAGUACGACAUCAGGAUCCAGAAAAUCGGCAACAACUACAAGGCCUACAUGAGGACGUCCAUCUCCGGCAACUGGAAGGCUAACACAGGCUCAGCCAUGUUGGAACAGAUCGCUAUGACGGACAGAUAUCGUCUGUGGGUGGACUCCUGUGCCGAGAUGUUCGGGGGACUUGAUAUCUGUGCUGUGAAAGCCGUCCACGGAAAAGAUGGCAAUGACUACAUUAUCGAGGUGAUGGACAGUUCCAUGCCUCUGAUUGGUGAGCACGUGGAGGAGGACAGGCAGCUGAUCACUGAUCUAGUGAUCAAUAAGAUGUGUAGCGUGCUGCUCGGUAUCAACACACCACAGCCCAGUGCUGUGAAGCCACAGACGACCCAGCCAAGAAGGGCCCAAGGUGGGCAUCGCUCUGGCUCUGGUUCUCCCUCCCAGUCAGCCCAGGGUUCUCCUCAGCGAGCUCGCUCAGCUAACACCUCUCCCAGCCAGGACUUCCAGCCAGGACCCAUCCCACCUCCCGCCGCCACCGGCCCUGGCUCCCAGAAACAACCUCCUCAACUGAACAAAUCCCAGUCGCUCACCAACACCUUCACUGAGACCCUGAAAGGGAACGCCACGGACGAUGAGGCCAAGGCAGAGACCAUCCGCAGCCUGCGCCAGUCCUUCGCCAGCCUCUUCUCCGACUAACUUCAACAGAUUCCCCAUAUCCAUCCGCCUACUGUCAGCCAUUGGCCUCCAGAAGAGCUCCAAGAUACCAUUAUUUUACAGGGCGCGCGCUCAGUCAACCCACAGAGCGGGAUCUACCUGUCCACCACUUCCUACUUCCUGUUCUUACCCAUAAAUGGCAGGUUGAGAGCGUCCACCUCUCAGAAUCAUCCGUCAAUUCUUUUUUUAUACUACAUUAGGCUAUAGUUCAUCUAGUACUGCUUGGUUGGUGUAGUUGAGAUGUAGGUUUGCAUUCAAUUUGUUCAUCUGAUUCAUUCUUUUGGUCAUAUUUGUGUUUUAUCAACUUCAAGGAUGUUGAUAUACUUUGGGAGUUCAAUGCAAUAUUACAGGAUUUAUAAAUGACCAAUAAUAGUGUAUGAGCUAGGUUUACCAGCAAUGCUUAGCAUCUUGCCAGUCUCAUUUCAUAGAAAUACGAUUGCCAUGUCUUGUAGAACCAUACAUAUUGAUUGGCUGAUAUUACAAUAUAAUGAUUUGUGAUUUUGCUUUGGCCUUUGAGUAACAAAGUAUUUUUGAUUUAAAAUUCCUUGCAUUAGGUCAAGAUAGUUUAGGCUAUAUACUGUACCUGUCAAUUUGCAAUUCUACGAGGCGGAAAUAUUAUCUUAAGUCUUCCAUCACAGACAAUUCUUCCCUAAUUCUAAGCAUUUAUGAACUAUCCAGUGUAAAUAGCGCUAUGAACAUUUAUUUAUUAUUAUUAUUGGGCAUUUGAUUCACUACUAUUCCUUUGCUGUGUAUUGAAAGGUGGGAAUUAUGUACAUAACACAGAGAAGAAGAGCUGACGUCUUUGCUUCAAUGGUUAUAAGAUCAGUUACCUUUAAUUCUGUACAUACCGUAAGGUUGCAAAUACUCCUGGGACAAUUACAUUUACUUCUGAUCCUUGGGUUUUGAAGCGUUGUCAUGUCUAUAGCUUAUAUCCACUUCAGGAAAUGACAGUCAUCUUGUAAUACUCAGAAUAUGUGCAUAUGUGGUAGCUAUCUACGCUAACGACACUAUCUGAUAGCGGAGUGUCCAUAUUAUCCCCCCCCCAUCUCAUUAUAAUAGAGAAGGACGGACCAAUCACAUGACUGGAUUGUUUGUUCUUUUGACUUAAGUGCAAACAUUUUAAGUCUCUGCGCCCAAAUGGAUUUUCUUUUUAGGGUAACAUUUUUGACUGGUAUGAAAAAUGCCAAUUCUAUUUCAUGGAUUGAAUAUUAUUGUCCCCAUACUUUCUUUAGUAAUUGCACUUCAAGUCACACGAUCAGCAAUAUGGGUGAAAUUAAACUCUCUCCAUCUUGAUUUAAAUGCAUUUUUAAACCGUUAAGAUUGUCUUUUCACUUUCAAACUAUUUAUUGUCCUAAACAUAUAUGCCAAUCAUAGUAAGGUAUUAUUAUCAAAAUGGACCAAAUGAUAUGUUUGUAUUGUAAAACCUGUGUGUUUUAUUUAUUUUGUCUGUUGAAUGUGAAAUGCUUCUACAAUUCAAAGUACCGACUACUAUGAAAAGCCAUAACAAAACAAUGAUUUACUGAAAAUCUGUUUUUUUUGUUGUUUACUCGUUAUCACUGUGAGUGUUAGUUACGCUUCUAACGAUUCAAUCAUUUUGCUUCUACGAGUGUUGAUUUAUCGUGUACAUGGGUAUAAUGCUGUAAGCUUGUGAAUGCCACACAUCCAUAGUGAUUUAUUUAGUCAUUUGUUAAUUGACCAUUUCAGUAAGCAAAUAAUGUUAAUUAGGCACUGAAGAAAUUCAGAAUUGAGUGGUGAGGUCAUCUAGUAACUACCUCAAUUCCAGCAAGCUGUGCUGCUAAUAGUAGUUACCACUAAUACUGUGAAGUGGGUGGAAUUAAGACCAAAAAAAAGAAUGGCUUUCACUUGACCUAAUCUGUAUGUCUGCAUGUAAUCCUACAAUUUUAAUACUAAUGUUCAUACAGUAAAUUUGAUGUACUGUCACUCAAGUAGUUAUUUCCUGUGAGUAAAAGGCAAUAGACCCAUAAAUGAGUCUAUCUACGGUCAAUAACUAAAUGAAUAUGACAUGGUUUUCAUAUCAUCAUUUACAUUUACAUGUCAUUGCAAUGGAGAACUAACGGCAAUAGCCCUUAAAAAAUGUAUGCUUAUUAAAGUGUGCCCUAUGCCAUUCAACAGAUGCUCAGAAGUCAUCUACACCAGCGUUGAAUAGCCGUCCUCAUCUCUUAUUUUCCAAUCUAACAGAACCUACUGUCAUAUAUCCUCUUAUGAUGAGCAUCUGCUGGAAGGCAUUGUGUGCCCCCCUGUGUGUUACUGAUAUACGUGUGGCAUGAAAACUGACCCCUGGUGUGCCUCUGGUGUAACAAUAUUGUCAUGUAAAUAGUUGCUGUUGUCUGGCUGCUUAUACUGUAUGAAGUAUGUGAUGCAUAAUGUGUGGUAGUGUUAUAGAUGCAAGUUAUUUUAACAUUGUUUUGUUAUUUUUUUCAGUUUUUAUUAAAAGUGACAUAUUUUAUUACA